AUGGUGCAGCAAAAACUUGAAGAGGUUGACCAAGACAAUGCUGUCCCUCAUGGCCUGUCCACCGACUCUGAGGUUGCCCAGAGGGAAGCCGAGUCUAUCUCUAGGAAGACUCUCAGGAGCUCAAUCGAGAAGUUUGAGUUCCAAGCUGAGGUUUCCAGACUCAUGGACAUCAUCAUCAACUCACUCUACAGCAACAAGGAUAUCUUCCUGAGGGAGCUCAUAUCUAAUGCCUCUGAUGCGUUGGAUAAGAUUAGGUUCCUUUCCCUUACUGAUAAGGAAGUUCUGGGUGAAGGGGACACUGCAAAGCUUGAGAUUCAGAUUAAGUUGGACAAAGAGAAGAAAAUCCUAUCCAUUCGGGAUAGGGGUAUUGGUAUGACCAAGGAAGAUCUUAUUAAGAACCUUGGAACGAUUGCUAAAUCUGGCACUUCAGGAACAGAAGCUGCUCGAGUCUCUUGUCGAAGCUGAUACGGUGAGUUCUCUGUGAUGAUUGGUCUCAGUAUUGUACUGGGUUUCAGUGUGUCUGCUCAGAGUCUUAGCCCGUUGAAUCCAUAGUUUGUCUGUUUUCC